AUGGCUCUCCGCGCCUCGCACGAAAACUCCCACGAGAUCGGCGUCUUCGCCUCCCUUACCAACACCUACUGCCUCAUUCCCGUCGGCACCUCGGCCUCCUUCCACUCCAUCUUCGAGUCCGAGCUGGCAGACCUCAUCCCUCUCAUCCCCUGCACCAUCGCUGGCACACGCAUUGUCGGCCGCUUGACCACCGGCAACAAGAAUGGCCUCUUGGUGCCCAACUCCACCACCGACCAGGAACUGCAACACCUACGGAACAGUCUGCCAGAAAAAGUGCAGCUCAAGAGGGUGGAGGAGCGAUUGAGCGCGUUGGGCAAUGUGGUCGUUGCCAACGAUCAUGUCGCACUCGUGCACCCGGAUCUCGAGCGCGAGACUGAGGAGAUCAUCGCCGAUACGCUGGGCGUUGAGGUCUUUCGGCAGACUAUUGCCGGCAACGUGCUGACCGGAUCCUACAUGGCACUGUCAAAUCAGGGUGGCCUUGUCCAUCCCAAGACGUCCAUUCAAGACCAAGAUGAACUAUCGUCGCUACUACAGGUUCCGCUCGUGGCGGGUUCGGUAAAUCGUGGCAGCCCUGUCGUCGGCGCUGGUAUGGUGGUCAACGACUGGUUGGGUGUAUGUGGACUCGACACUACCGCUACUGAGCUGAGUGUCGUUGAGAGCGUCUUCCGCCUGGGCGAGGGCAACAUUCCUGGCGCUGCAGGUCAUGGCGAGGACCUAGAGAAGCGCAUGCAACGGAGCAAGGAGGGCAUUGUCGAGAGCUUCUACUGA